CGGUCUCCCAACUCCAUUUCUGCUUCUGCUUCUGCUUCUGUAUGCUCGAAAUUUUCAGGAUGUUUUUUUGAUAUUUCUUGACUGAGUUCAGGCUUUGCAUGCAUUGGUAGGGCGAGGAAAUUGUAAGUAGCUCAAGAUGGCAGCAAAUUCUGCUUCUAAUUGCAUUCAUGUUGGCCGUUCAUUGUUGCGGGGACUUGGCAAUUUCUCUUCAGGCAUCCUGAGAUCGUCACAGGAGACUACCUGCAAUAGUUUCUUGGCACAGCAAAUAAGGACUUUCAUACAGAUGAGAUCCAAUCUUAAAGUGGUAGACAACUCCGGUGCAAAGCGAGUAAUGUGCAUACAAGCUUUGAAGGGGAAGAAAGGAGCCAGAUUAGGGGAUACAAUAAUUGCAUCAGUGAAGGAGGCCCAACCAGGAGGAAAAGUAAAGAAAGGACAGGUGGUGUAUGGUGUAGUUGUCCGUGCCGCUAUGCAGCGUGGCCGGUGCGAUGGGAGCGAGGUCAAAUUUGAUGAUAAUGCUGUUGUACUUGUUAACAAGCAAGGCGAGCCAAUUGGAACCAGGGUUUUUGGCCCUGUCCCACAUGAGCUAAGGAAGAAAAAGCAUGUCAAGAUACUCAGUCUUGCGCAGCAUAUUGCAUGAGGUUUGCAGUGGUGAGAGUAACCCGAGUAGAUUCAGAUUGUCGGUUGCAGAAUCUGAGCUUUUGGUUUUGUUAGGAGAAUUGUAAAGAUUUUGGUGAUUGCAUGCACCAUAAACUGUUGAUGUUUUACAUUCUUGUUGGUUUUCAGUACCACACAAGAGUUGCUCUCUUCAUUUGAAUGCAUUUCUUUGACAAAUUCACAGUUCAUGCAUGUAUGAGUGAACAUUUCAAUCAAAUUUGUUUUUGAUGAAAA